AGACAUGGCAACCAAGCUCUUGAAGUCCUUAACGAUGUCGUUUUGAUGAGAACAACGAUGUCGUAUCAUUGUAUAAUCGUAGAAUGCGAAUCUAGGGGUUCCUUUGUCAGUAUCACUUAUAAAUUAAUUAAUUGAACCAUACCAUCAUAAACCUUUUUAUCCAUACCUAAUUAUUGCUUGGUCGGCCAUAAAUGCUGCCGUUUCGCCUCGUCAUCGUCAUUAUCUAAUUAUCUUUAUUUAUGCAAUCUUAUAUUUUUUUUUUAAAAAAAACAAAAGAAAAAAAAGCCCUUUUUUGGAAGCUAAAAGCUUUUCCCAUUUUUAUUUUUUAAUAAAAAAAUUGGUUGAGAGUUAUGCUAUUAAAGAGUUAUUCUCGCCGUUGAUCUUCCUUUUUCAACUGGACAAGACAACGGUCCAGCCUUUAUUUUUUAUUUUUUAAUACUUGGGUGGUUGGAUUUUCUAUCUAUAGAGUUGUCUUUGAGAUUUUUCAGAACACCAAAGCCUGAAAAAGAAAAGAAAAUGGAGAUGGGUUGCAAGACCCUGAUGGCCAUUGAGAGUUCUCAAGAAAAAGACCAGUCUUUAAUGGAGCUUGAAUCUGAGAAAUUUGGGUGCUCACAUUACAGGAGGAGGUGUAAGAUCAGAGCACCUUGCUGUGAUGAAAUAUUUGAUUGCAGGCAUUGCCAUAAUGAAUCCAAGAACUCACUGGAAGUGGAUCCUCUUGAUCGUCAUGACAUUCCGCGACAUGAUUUGAAAAGGGUAAUAUGUUCAUUGUGUAGCACAGAACAAGAUGUUCAGCAGCAUUGCAUCCAAUGUGGGGUUUGUAUGGGAAAUUACUUUUGCUCCAAAUGCAAAUUCUUCGACGAUGAUGUCUCAAAGAAUCAAUACCAUUGCAAUGAAUGUGGAAUUUGCAGGUUAGACACUUAUUUUUGUUCUUGUGUUCAUUUCCAUUAUCACCUAACAUCAACGAAAAGAGUUAACAAAAGGUCAUACUUGUGCUUGGAAAAUUGCAGAGUUGGAGGCAAGGAGAAUUUUUUCCACUGUAAUAAAUGUGGAUGUUGUUAUUCAACAAUGUUGAAGGAUUCUCAUAGUUGUGUGGAAAAAGCUAUGCAUCACAAUUGUCCUGUUUGCUUUGAGUAUCUGUUUGAGACAAUGAAGGACAUUACUGUCUUGCCUUGUGGACAUACUAUACAUUUGGAAUGUGUGAAGGAGAUGGAACAGCAUUUACAGUACUCAUGUCCGGUAUGCUCAAAAUCAUAUUGUGACAUGACACGCGUGUGGGAAAAGCUUGAUCAAGAGAUUGCUUUGACUCCCAUGCCUGAAAUGUAUCAAAACAAAAUGGUUUGGAUCCUCUGCAAUGAUUGUGGCGAGAAUUCCGAGGUACAUUUUCAUGUUGUUGCGCACAAGUGCUUGAAAUGCAAAUCCUACAAUACGAGACAGACACAAGGAGGGCCGAGCUCAUGCUCAUCAAGGUUUGAGGAAAUGGUGAGAUGACCGAGUUCUUAGUGACAAUGAAAGCUUAACUCAAACUUAAGAAGAGCUUAAUCUUAAUUCACUCAUGACAUAGACGAGAAGAAGACGACGACGACGAUGGUGAUGAUUUCCCCAUUCUUUGGUUAUUAAUGUACCUUGUUUACAUCUUGUUGAUGUUGUUGGUGCGUGGUAGAGCCAACAAAUCACUUGCUCAAAAUCAAAAGUUGUACUAUUUUACACUUUGGUUCUUUAGUAAAAGGUAUAUAUAUAUAUAUAGGGUUGCUAUGGUAAGGGGAAAUUGCUCUCACACUAUUCAAUUUGCAAGCUUGUUUAUUCAAUUUUCAUGUGCAAUUAGUGUCUCGUAUAAGAGGGGACAAAGAGGACAAAUUGUUGGGAAAUUAUUAAAACCAAUCAAGUCCCCAGGAAAGAUAUACCUUUAAUUUGGCCGGUAAUCAUCAGUGAUUGCUUUAGUUUAACUUAAUUAUUGAGUUUGUUUAGUGAAGAAAAAUAAAAAGAAAAAGGAACUGAUUCCUUUUACAAUU